GUUGAAAACAUCCUCGCUCUCCGGAGGUGCUCCAGUAUUUGAGAAGAGGAAAGGAGAGAGGAGACAUCACCACCAACACACUGCUGCUGCUGCUCGACAACCAUGCAGACACUCCGGGUCCCUUUUCUGCUGUUUUGGCUCGUUUGGGGCCACUCCUGCGCUCUCGGCGGAAAAGUCAACAAGCACAAGCCGUGGAUAGAAACAUCCUACCACGGUGUGAUCACAGAGAACAUGGACACGGUGCUGCUGGACCCUCCGCUGGUAGCUCUAGACAAGGAUGCCCCGGUCCCCUAUGCUGGGGAGAUUUGUGCCUUUAAGAUCUAUGGUCAGGAUGCUCCAUUCGAGGCAGUGGUGUUGAAUCGUACAUCAGGAGAGGGAGUCCUGCGGGCCAGUAGCCCUGUGGACUGUGAGAGCCAGAAAGAGUACACCUUCAUAAUCCAGGCAUACGACUGUGGGGCUGGACCCAGCGGGGCCGACUGGAAGAAAUCCCACAAGGCGGUGGUUCACAUCCAGGUGGAUGACGUCAAUGAGUUCUGCCCCGUGUUUCGGGAGCCACUUUACAAGGCGUCGGUAACAGAGGGCAAAAUCUACGACAGCAUUUUGCAGGUGGAAGCUUGGGACCAAGACUGUUCACCACAGUACAGCCAGAUCUGCAACUAUGAGAUUGUCACUGCAGGGACGCCGUUUGCCAUAGACCGCAAUGGAAACAUCAGAAACACAGAGCGGCUGAGCUAUGACAAGCAGCAGAGCUACAAGAUUAUGGUGACGGCCUUUGACUGUGGUCAGAAGAGAGCGAAGGAGGAUGUGGCUGUGCAUAUUGAUGUCAAGCCUGUCUGCAAACCCGGAUGGCAAGGUUGGAACAAGCGGGUGGACUAUGAGCCAGGGACUGGAAGCCGGCAGCUGUUUCCCAAGAUGCAUUUGGAAACGUGUGGAGGUCCUCUGUCUGGCGUGAAGGCGAUGGUAGAGCUACAGACCAAUCACAUCGGGAAAGGUUGCGAUCGGGAAACAUACUCUGAGAAGUCUCUGCAAAAACUCUGUGGUGCAGCAUCAGGCAGCACCGACCUCCUCCCUGCCCCCAGCCCUUCCACAAACUGGACGGCGUCUCUGCUGACUGACAGCGGCCGCGACAGUGACCUCAUCUACAGAUUCGACGGACAUCAGGCCGCUAAUGUUCCAGAUCAUGUUGUGCCCCAAAACCUGACAGACCAGUUCACCAUAGCAACAUGGAUGAAACACGGGCCCAGUCCAGGACUCAGAGCUGAGAAGGAGACCUUGCUGUGUAACUCUGACAAGACUGAAAUGAACCGCCACCAUUACUCUCUGUAUGUCCACAACUGCCGCCUGGUGUUCCUACUCAGAAGAGAUUUCACUCAGGUCGACACUUUCAGACCUGCCGAGUUCCACUGGAAACUGGAGCAGAUCUGUGACAAGGAAUGGCACUAUUAUGUGAUCAAUGUGGAAUUUCCUGCAGUGACACUAUUCGUGGAUGGUGUGACCUAUGAACCCUACCUGGUGACGGAUGACUGGCCGAUCCACACCGCAAAGAUUGAUACUCAGUUGACUGUGGGCGCCUGCUGGCAAGGUGGUGAGGUGGGGACCCCAAGGUUCACCCAGUAUUUCCAUGGCAGCCUGUCAGGUCUGACAAUCCGACCGGGACGCAUUGAAACCCAGAAGGUCAUUUCCUGUUUGCAGGCCUGCAAAGAAGGCCUUGAUAUUAACUCCCUUGAAAGCCUCGCUAAGGACAUCAAGUUCCAUUUUAACCCGGCCCAGUCUGUGCUGGUGGUGGAAGGAGAGGAUCUGGACAGCAUCAACACAGCCAUGACCAAGGUCUCCUACAUCAACUCUCGCCAGUUCCCUACGCCAGGCCUCCGGCGGCUGCACAUCACCACAACAGUACAGUGUUUCGGCGAGGACACGUGUCUCUCCAUCCCAGACAUCAAGUCAGUGGUUAUGGUCCUGCCGCCCAGUGAACCGAGAAUCACCAUCGCAGGAUCUAAUCGGCUCGUCAGGCCUGCCGGUGACCUGCGGGGCCCGCUGGGUGUGGCACCCUUCAAAGAGCUUCACAUCACCAGCACAGUAAUGAAGGGAGACAGCUUCGGUGGAUCCCGCAGACCAGGUGUGAUGGAGGUGAUGCAUAACCUGGACUACUGUGAUGUGCUGGUAAUUGGGGAAGAACUGAAUCCUGAGAGAGAGAGUAUGGAGAUUCAUCACAGUGCCUUGUUGGGAAAACACCUGGAUGCCACCAACUCCACCUCUGGAAUAUCAAUAUAUGGCGUGGACUCCAUGGCCCACUAUGAGCAGGCACUGAGACAGGUACGCUACAGGAACUGGCGACCUGCCACUCUGAGUGAGCGAAAGUUCAGACUCACCUGCUCUGAACUCAACGGACGUUACACCAGCAAUGAGUUCAAUUUGGAGGUCAAUGUUCUUCACCACUCAGCACCUGUGGAACAUGUCAAUCAUAUGGCUGCCCAACCUCAGUACAUGAGACCCGUCCAUCACCCACUCAUGAUACACACUCUCAACUCACACAUGCCAGGAGCAGCACCUCCAGCAGCCACAGUAGUUAUUGUGGUCUGUAUCGCUGCCCUGGUGGUGAUAGUGGUGAUCGGUGUGUACAGGAUCCACGCCACACAUCAGGAAGGGUCCAGAGAAGACGAGGACGAGGUCAAAGACACCGAGGAAGACUGGGACAACUCUGCACUCACCAUCACUGUCAACCCCAUGGAGAACAUAGGAGGAGCUCAGGCGCGUGGUGACGAGGUAAAAGAAGAAGAACAUGAGGAGGAGGAAGAAGAGGAGGACGAGGAACAGGUGGGAGGAAUGACAAGUGCCGAGUCAGACAACAGUGAUGAAGACGAAGAGGGCGGAGAAGAAGAAGAGAGAGGAGAGGUGAAAGAGAGGAAGCACAAGGGAAAACUAGAGUGGGACAGUUCCUCCGUGACAUACUGACCACACAUACACACACAUACACACACAUACACCUGCACAUAUAAACACUCUACAUAUUCGUCUCUCUCUCUCUGAUUCGAUCCCUCUCUAUAUCAACCACCUACACACACACACACACACACAUCAUGCAUACAUUCUUUCACGCUCACUACCGGUAGGGCCUACACACACACACACACACACACACACACACACACACACACGCUCACAAAAACAAAAUCUCUGAUAAAAUUAUUUACAAUCUGUUGCUGGAAAAAAACACUUUGAAUCUUCCCACGUUGUCAUUUUUAAUGACACAUCUCCCUCUGCUGGACAAAGUUAGAACUACAGAAUCAGCUGCAGUCCCACAGUGCUGGAAAACCUCGUCUGUACGUACAUUAUUAUUCACAUCACACUCAAUGAAGCAAAAUAUAUGAUGAAUAUCAAACAAGCACAGUCUUCUCGUUAUACGUGCAGAAUUAGCGGAAGUUUUGCCGAUCAAAUUAAAUCUAAACUCUUGAAUAUAGUGACACAAAUUCUCACCAUUUCUUACAUUAACACAAAGAUGAUGUGGGCUUUUAUCCCAACAUUUAAUGUGUGCAAUUACACGUGUCCUCAGAUUACUUUUAUAUUGUUUAUCUUUUAAACAGAUUGUCUGCAAGAUGGUGAGAUAUUAGCAGAUUUAUCAGUGAGAUGCAUCCAUAUACAUAUCCAUUAGUUAAUGUAUCCAUAAAGUUUUUAAAAUAUAAUUCCUUUGGCCUAUAUAGUAGGUACUGUAUAACAUAGCUGUAUCGUCACUCAGUGUAUGUCCUCAUAUUUAACUCAAACCUCUCUGUCUGUGUGAUCAGUUUCUCUAAGUACAUCACAGUGCUGUGGCUCUGUGGCCUGGACACUAAAGAGACACAUCUAUUACCAUAAUCAUUCCACAUCUGUCCUGAUUUAUAUACAAAGCAGGAUUAUUAACUGUUUGAUAUCGUCCACCUUUAGUUUCUCAAAAGUAUUUUAAAGCUAAAAAUCCUCACUGCUCCGUCAGCUAAUGAGCUGUUGGAAAAAGUUGAUUGUAGUUUAAAUACUCUUAGAAACAAAAGAGCUGUUUGUUAACAUCUGUCUGUGUACCAAGUCUAUCCAUACUGUGGCCUAUUGUAGCUUUUACUGUUUAGAGUUAGAUCAGAUAUCUUUCUUUUUUUUUUUGCAGAUGAAAUAAUACAGAGAUGUUACUGUAUGCUACCGUCUUUGUUUUUAAUUCCAUAGUAAAGGGAGCCCUCUAUGCAAUUAUGGGCCCAGUAUAAAGGACCAGUACACAGGAACAGGGGUACUCCAGCGAUUUAGUGCUGCACUUCCAUAAUGACGGGAAAAAAAAGUCAAAUUUGCAACAGAGGCAGAGAUAUCCUGAUUUCAGUGCCUAGUUAUGGGUGAAUCUCCAAAAAUACUGGAUACUACAAUUCCCAUAAUGCAACUCAGUAGCAUCUUUUCUUAGACAAGCUUGGUAAAUGCACAGGGGCUGGCUUCACAAAGAUGGACUUUGACUGUGGCUUAGAUCAAACUGACAUUGACACAGCGGCCCAUGCAGGGUUCAGGUCCAACCCGUCCCCUCUCUGUCCCCCUUUCAUAACUAUCACUGUCACGAUCAAAAUAAAAUCAAAAAGUCAAAAUAAUAAUCUUAAAUACAUAAAUAAUAGUUUCUGCGGCCUCUAAAAACUCUUUCCCUUCUGAUUGCUCGCACCACAACAUUGUUAGCAAACAACAAAUUAUGAGGCGUGUUUUCUUUUUUCGUCACUUGGUGCCGCUGAUUAGCAGGUGUCGAGGCUAGUCACCAUGGAAACAUGGCUCCGAGGUAGCCCGGGGAUAGGGUGGCUACCUUUUUAGGGUAAAUUUACUCUGUGUUUAUUUUUGUGAAAGUGUCGGUCUUGCAUUAGACUAAUCUUUGAGCCUAAUUCAGACUGGACUAACACUAUAGACGACCUCUCUAAAAAUAUCUUUGUGAAACCGUCCCCCAGGUCUUUUUGAACUCCACACUUCCUGUUUGUAAAGCAGGAUUUCUGAUUUCUAACUUCUGUUCCAAGCAAUGAUAACUCCGAUUCCAUCCUCAAGGUUAUUCUCUCAGACUUGACUGACGAUAUUGUGUUUUCAUUGAUGGAGUAGUGCUCCUUUUUUAACUUGAUGUGUUAAAUUGGUGGAGUGCCCCUUUACAGUCAGGUGAAGAGCAAAAUGCUGGAGAAAAGAUGCAGAGUGAUGGUUUAUUUGGUGUCAUCAAGUCGCCACUCCUGCAUAACUUCAAACUUCAAAACUUCAUUGAUAUUAAUUCCAUUUUGUACCAUCGUUACUGCAGAUUAAGUAAAGUUGCUCAAAGUUUAAUUCCAUGAGUUUGUCUACAUUCAAGUAAUCUAAAAGUAGGCCUCACUCCUUUGGCAUUCCCAUUUCUACUCAGAGAAAUCACCUGUUCAUGUCCACACAGAGUAUCAGUGACUAUUACUCCCUCUGAGCUCUUUAGCUGAUACGUCUCCUGUUCACCCGUCCCUCCCUCUGUUGGCCUUUAAGCACCUGUGAUUGUGAUGUCAUCAUUGUGAAACAACUGCCUUGUUUCCCUCGUCCCCCUUUGUCAUAUUGUGCUUCUGAAAGAUUAAAGAGAAAAAGAUUCUUUUACAUAUAAAAACAAACCCUGUAAAAAUGUUCAAGACAGUUAUUUUAUAUAUCCGUUUCUUUUUCUUUUUGUAAACAAAAUGGUUGGGAUUUCUCUCUCUUUAGUGAUCCCACUGCUUUCUGUAUAUUGACCAAUAAAGACUUGUUUUAGACUCUA